GACACCAGCCCAUCCUUUAGACUCCCUGCAAGGAGGCGGCCCGACCCAGUGGGUGCCUGUCGUUGGGUGAAGAGGAAUGGCCGACCUACCGGUCCCGCUUCCGUCCCCAGGACAAUAGAUGACACAGUACUUCCUCCUCUUCAUAACGGCUAUUUUAACAUCCUAGGAGAGCUAAAGCUCAUGUCCUCGGUCUCUUGCCUCGGCGCCUGGGUGGCUUGCCGCCCACAACAAGGGUCAUAGAUAUCCUAGUAAGACUUCUUACUAAGGCAGUACAGAAACCUGAAGAUAUGGGCACUUAUCAAAUGGAUGAAGUUUUGGUGGGGUCCAGUGGUUUGGGGACAUCACCCAAAGGUAAAAGAAAGUUGUUCCACCGUGCACCCUCUAAUCCCAAAACAAUUGGUACAGGUCCUGGUGGGCCCCUUUGGAUUUGGGAGGUAGUGUAUUCUACACGUGAGAAAACUGUUCCAACACAUGUGUUAGGUGACCUAAAAGGCUUCCACUUUUUAUUUAUUUAUUUAUUUAUUUUGACACGGAAUCUUACUCUGUAGCCCAGCCUAGAGUACAGUGCCAUGAUCUCAGCUUACUGCAACCUCUGCUUUCUGGAUUCAACAAUUCUCCUGCCUCAGCCUCCCUAGUAGCUGGGAUUACAGGGGCCCGCCACCACGCCCAGUAUUUUUGUAUUUUAGUAGAGGAGGGGUUUCACCAUGUUAGCCAGGCUGAUCUUGAACUCCUGACCUCAAGCAAUCCACCCACCUCGGCCUCCCAAAGUGCUGGGAUUACAGGUGUGAGCCACCAUGCCCGGCCAGCUUCUACUUUUUAUUGGGGCGAGAGAGCUCUAUAGUAAAUCCAAGCAACAGUGCAAGCUUACUUGCAAAUUCAGUGGUUCCAGAAAUAUCCUUGAUGGAUACAGGUGCUGUAUGGAGUCGCUGGCAAACCCCAAUAAGAGUGUGAAUUCGUGUGCUAGGGCUCCCAUAACAAAGUACCACAAACUGGGUGGCUUAAACAACAGAAAUCUGUUGGUUCACAGUCUGGAAGCUAGAAGUCAGAAAUUAAGGUGUGGUUCCUAUUGAGGCUGUGAGAAGGAAUCUGUCCAUGCCUCUCUCCUAGUUUCUGGGGAUUUGCUGGAUACAUUUUGCAUUCCUUGGCGUCAUAAGAAGCAUUUUCCCAGUCUUUACCCUCAUCUUCAUUUGGCAUUCUCCCUGUGUGCUAUGUCCAAACUUCCCUUUUUUAUAAGGAUACCAGUCAUUAGAUGAGGGACCCACCCUAAUCCACUAUGACCUCAUCUUAAGUAAUUACAUCUGCAAUGCUCCUAUUGCCAAAUAACAUCACAUUCUGAGGUAUUAGGGGCUAGAACUUCAACGUAUUAAUUGGGGAUGAGGUGGAGGUACAUACAAUUCAACCCAUAAUAAAGAGUCACAGCACAAAUACCUAAGAUUCUGGAGCAAGGUCAUGCCUUCUAAGGCAAAAAACAAAACAAAACCCACGUUUCCAAACUCCCAGGUCACUUACCUCUGCUCUACUGCCACCUCUCCCAUAAACUUACACCUAUGGCCUUAUAGAAGUUCCCUACAACUAACUGAUGGAGACAGAAGAGCCUUGGCCUCUGCACAGAUUGGGGAUUGGGUCAGUUCGGCAUGUCGGCAUCUUCCAGAAACAGACUGUUCAUUACAGCCCCAUUCGCGUUGCCCUGAAGCAUACUGGUGAAGAAAAAUUAUCUCAGUGAGCAAUGGUACAUUUGGUCACCCAUGCCAUAUUUUGGAGGAGGUAGCCUAAGGUAUGGAUAUGCAUUGACUCCUGGGCAGUGAUGAAUGGCUUGGCUUGUUGGUUAGGGACCAUCUUAUUGUUUAUGCAAUAGGCUUAUGAACAAAGACCAUGGUAGCAGGGAUAGAGGCUGUGCUUGGUCCCAACAAUAUGGGCUACCUCUUAUUUUUCUUUUUUUUGAGACGGAGUCUCACCCUGUUGCCCAGUCUGGAGUGCAGUGGUGUGAUCUUGGCUCACUGCAGCCUCCACCUCCCAGGUUCAAGCAAUUCUCCUGCCUCAGCCUCCCGAGUAGCUGGGACUACAAGUGCACACCACCGAGCCCGGGUAAUUUUUGUAUUUUUAGUUGAGACGGGGUUUCACCAUGUUGCUCAGGCUGGUCUCGAACUCCUGAACUUGUGAUCCACCCACCUCAGCCUCCCAAAGUGCUGGGAUUACAGGUGUGAGCCACUGCGCCUGGCCAAUAUGGGCUACCUCUUACCAAGGCUGAUGUAACUCUCACCAUGGUGGAGUGUCCAGCCUGCCAGCAUUAGAGACCAACACUGAGUCUUGGAGAUACCAGCUACCACCAGGUUGAGUGCAUCAGAUUGCUUUUACCUUGGAAUGGGCAUCAAUUUGUUCUUACCAGAAUUGAUAUAUGCUCUAAAUGAGCUUGUCUUCCCCAACUACUUUGUCUCCAGCAGCACCACCAUCUGAGAGCUUACAGGGUGCCUUAUCCAUUGACAUACCUGAAACUAAGGAACCCAUUGAUAGCCAAGGAGGUGUGACAGUGAACUUGAAGGUACAAAAUUCAUGGUGCAUACUCAUCAUCCAGAAGCAGCUAGCCAGAUAGGAUUUUGGAAUGGCCUGUUGAAGACUGAGCUAAAUUGCCAAGUAAGAUGUAAUGCCUUGUAAAGUUGGGAGCAGUUCUUCAGGAUACGGUAUAUGCACUGAAAUGCAUUGGGCCAAAAUGGAUGUAUAGUAUUGUGUCUCCAGUAGGACUACGUGCAUACAGGAGUAGCCUCUAUUACUAUCACAGCCACUCAUCUGUAGAAUUUGUGCCUCCUCGCUCCGAAAUCUGGAGCCAGCUGGGUUAUGAUCCUCAUUUCCAGGAAGAACAUUUCCUCUAGUAGACAUUAAAUUGUUCCACUGAACUGAAAACAGAAUACCACCAGGCCACUUUGAGUUUCUUGUGCCAGUAGGUCUGUAGGCAAAGAAAGGAGUCGUUAUAGAGAUGCCCACAAUUCCUGCCACACACAACAUAAAUACAAAAUCAUAUACCCAGUCAGCUGCAUCCAGUAAUCUGCCUCCCUGGACCCUUUAGGCACUUCAGUGUAGGAAUGCGGACAGGGGUGGGGAGGAGAGACUGUUUUAGACAAAGAAGAAAAAUACAGUACGUAGCAACGUAAUGGCUCUUAGCGAUGACUUGGAACACUGGAAGGAAAUAUGAGGAUGUAUCUGGAGGAAUAAGUUCUGAGACUAUGAUGUCAUCAAGGAGGACUGUACGUUAGAGAGCCAGCCAGUGAUAAAGGAGCAAAUAUUGGACUUGAUGCUGCCGUAGGAGAAAAAAAAAAAAGUAUAUAUAUAUAUAUAUAGAGAGAGAGAGAGAGCAAAGAUGCACUCAAGUGGAUUAUUGAGAAGACUCAUGGGGAAGUAGAAAAUGGCAACCACAAGCAAGAUCAAACCCCAUAAGGAAUGGAGCAUUAGUCAGGGCCUAGAAGGUAAUUUGGGAUACCAUGUAAUCAUAGGCUCUGUAGCAGGUAGCAGUUCCUUUUGUAAGCUUUUCUCUUGUUGGGCUGUAUCACAGAACUUCAGAGCCCAGAACUUUAGAGUCAUGCCACAGCCAUUCAAGGUCUCAGUUACUAUUUUAUAAAAGGUGAAGUUAUUCUUGAUCUAAUCAUGGAAGCCCUAAUUAUUACAAUAACACUUGGACAGCAAAAACGCCUCAAAUUCAACUUAUUUCACCGUUGUUAAUCUGAAAACUCCCUGGAAACAUAAGGCAAACUCAGAAUUUUGUAACUAUCUAGUGUUGCAAAGAACGUCUGUUGCCUAUAGAUCAAGUAUUUGAAAAUACUGCCCAUUCAACUGGCAAUACAUACAUAAUCAGUGUCUCAACAGACAAUCUCUUCGUUUUGUGAAACCAUUUAUUCUUGAUCUUCCUGUCUCCACCUUCGUUUCUUUCAGCUCCUCUGCCACAGACACACAAUCACUAUUUUUAUUGUAACUAUUAAAAUUAUUGUCAUCAAGAAAAAUAGAAGGAACAUAUAAGUAUCUGAGCAGGGCGGUAUAAAGGGAAAUUCAUCCCUUUUCCCCCGCCCUGUGCACCUCCUUGGAGCGGACAAGCUGAGGAACAAGAUCCCCAAACCCGAGAUUAGAGCCCUAUACAGAGAUGCAUCCUCCCGCGAUCCUAGAGAGGACCCCGAGGCGGAGCGCAGCUCCGGAAGGCGGGUGUGACGCACUUCCGGUUUUUGUGGCGCUUUCCUUGGGCUCUGACGGCCAGGGGACCUGGAUGUGAGUCCAGUGCUCCUGGUCCCGAAAGUCACAACCCCUUCUAUCCCAGCACCUCAGACUUCUCCGGGCGGGGACAGAGUUGGACGUGCACGGCUGUGUCCUGCAAUCCCCUCGCCACGACCGCCCCGGACGGAGUGGAAGCGGGUCCGUGUCCCCCAGCAGAGGUGUCCCUGGAUACAGGAUAGCAAAACCUGAUCUCAUAAAACCUAGGUCACAAAGGACAGCCCUGCAAAACAGACCCUAUUUGGAUCAAGUGAGCCAGUUCCUGGAACCUGAAUAAUGACUCCUGAAUCAAGAGAUACUACAGAUUUGUCUCCAGGGAGUACCCAGGAGAUGGAAGGCAUCGUGAUAGUGAAGGUGGAGGAGGAAGAUGAAGAAGACCAUUUUCAAAAGCAAAGAAACAAAGUAGAGUCAUCGCCACAAGUUCUCAGUCGUUCUACAACUAUGAAUGAGAGGGCCUUAUUAUCAUCGUAUUUAGUUGCAUAUAGAGUGGCAAAAGAGAAAAUGGCUCACACAGCAGCUGAAAAAAUUAUCCUUCCAGCAUGUAUGGACAUGGUACGGACAAUUUUUGAUGACAAAUCAGCUGAUAAACUAAGAACUAUACCUCUUAGUGAUAAUACAAUAUCUCGUCGAAUCUGUACGAUUGCAAAACAUUUGGAAGCAAUGCUUAUUACACGGCUGCAGUCCGGUAUAGACUUUGCAAUCCAACUUGAUGAGAGCACUGAUAUUGCAAGUUGUCCCACACUCUUGGUUUAUGUCAGAUAUGUGUGGCAAGAUGAUUUUGUAGAGGAUCUCUUAUGUUGUUUAAAUUUAAAUUCACAUAUAACUGGAUUAGAUUUAUUUACUGAAUUAGAAAACUGCCUUGUUGGUCAGUAUAAAUUAAACUGGAAACAUUGUAAAGGAAUUUCAAGUGAUGGAACAGCAAAUAUGACCGGAAAACACAGCAGACUUACUGAAAAAUUGUUAGAAGCAACCCACAACAAUGCUCUUUGGAAUCACUGUUUUAUUCAUCGAGAAGCUUUGGUAUCCAAAGAAAUUUCACCAAGUCUAAUGGAUGUAUUGAAAAAUGCAGUGAAAAUUGUUAAUUUUAUUAAAGGAAGCUCACUAAAUAGCCAACUUCUCGAAAUAUUUUGUUCAGAGAUUGGAGUGAACCACACCCACUUAUUGUUUCAUACAGAAGUUCGUUGGCUUUCUCAAGGAAAAGUAUUGAGCAGAGUAUAUGAACUUAGGAAUGAGAUUUACAUUUUUCUCAUUGAAAAGCAAUCUCAUUUGGCAAAUAUUUUUGAAGACGACAUUUGGGUAACAAAAUUGGCAUAUUUAAGUGAUAUUUUUGGCAUUCUUAAUGAAUUAAGCCUGAAAAUGCAGGGGAAAAACAAUGAUAUAUUUCAGUAUCUUGAACAUAUUCUAGGAUUCCAAAAGACAUUAUUAUUGUGGCAAGCAAGACUUAAAAGUAACCGCCCUAGCUACUAUAUGUUUCCAACGUUAUUGCAACACAUCGAAGAGAACAUUAUUAACGAAGACUGCUUAAAAGAAAUAAAAUUAGAGAUACUGUUGCAUCUCACUUCUUUGUCUCAAACUUUUAAUUAUUACUUUCCAGAAGAGAAAUUUGAAUCAUUAAAGGAAAAUAUUUGGAUGAAAGAUCCAUUUGCUUUUCAAAACCCAGAAUCAAUAAUUGAGUUAAACUUGGAGCCUGAAGAAGAGAAUGAAUUAUUGCAGCUCAGUUCAUCAUUCACACUAAAGAAUUAUUAUAAGACAUUAAGUUUAUCAGCAUUUUGGAUUAAGAUUAAAGAUGACUUUCCACUGCUAAGUAGGAAGAGUAUAUUACUGUUACUACCAUUCACAACUACGUAUUUGUGUGAACUAGGAUUUUCAAUCUUGACACGAUUAAAAACAAAGAAGAGAAAUAGGCUCAACAGUGCACCAGAUAUGCGGGUAGCAUUAUCUUCAUGUGUUCCUGACUGGAAGGAACUUAUGAACAGACAAGCACACCCAUCACAUUAAAUAAAAUCUUUACAAAAUUCUGUGUUUAGCCAGGUGUGGUGGCUCACGCCUGUAAUCCCAGCACUAGGAGACUGAGGUGGGCAGAUCACUUGAGAUCAGGAGUUCGAGACCAGCCUGGCCAACAUGGUGAAACCUCA